GUCACUACUCCAACCGUGAUAAUUGAUGACUACUAAAACUGUUCCAGACUAUCAUUUCCUCUCUCCCUCUAAUGGAAACCUUAAUUUUUAAAACCCCAUUCAAAUUCAAAAUCUCAAACACUCGAAUUUCACCUUCCAUUUUCCCUUCACGAGAAAGGAUAGGGUUUCGUCACUUCUCCCGUACAAAAUGCUUCCAAAUCCCUGGAAGCCUCAAUGUCUCUUCCGCCAAGGCUUUUUUAUCAGCUGAACCCUCGAGUUAUGGCGGGUGGGACGAUUUUGAACCCGGUACUUGGUCUUCUAACUCUGGUGAGUCGAUUCGGUUGCGUGAUUUCCUUGUUUCUAUCAGAAUCGAUGAUAAGAAGCAUGUAUUUAUGUUUUUGUCGGGGCUUGUUUGUGCCUUGGUGAUUUCUAGGGUUAGAGUUUCUGCAAUUAUAUUAAUUUUGGCUUCUAUUUUGGUUUUCGGUGUUGGGUUUUCAUUGGGGUUUGUUAAAGGAGGGAGUUUCAAUGAUCUAAGUUCAAAUAAAAGGAGGUCAAAGGAGGAAUCUUCGAGAGUUUAUAGCGAGAAAUUGAGGAGUUUAGUGGAUUUUUUUUAUGGGUUUGAUAUUAAAAUUAAUAAUUUGAAGAAUAAUAUACAAAGAGCUAUUGAUUCUAACAGGAUUAAUGUAGCUGAUUUGGAGAAUUAUGCUAAUUUAGUGGAAUCAAUGAGGUUAUCAGCUUCAAAUGCUAAAAAUAUUGUUGAAGCUUCUAUGGACAACGUUGGGAACUCUUAUAGAGAGAAUAAAAAACCAUCAAGUAGAAAAAAGGAGGCUGGAGAAGCUAGGUUUGAGUUGUUACACUUUCUUGGGGCUUUGUUUGGUGAAAAACAGGUGGCUUCGAAGCCUAAUAAAGUAACAGAUACUAGUCAGUCAGAGAGUGUGGAUACUGAUUUAAACAAUAAAACUUUUGGAGAUGUUUCAUUGCCCGCUGUUGAAGAUAUGGUUUUUAAUUCACCUAAUAACAUCAAAUGGGUUUCAAAUCAAGGCUUUGCUCGAGAUUCUUUAAAUAAAUCUGAUUUGAAUCGAGAAAGAGAUAGGAAAAUAGAUGUUGAUUUGGAGAAUGAGAAAAUAAUGUCUGAUCUUCUAGGUGGAAGUGCUACAAGAUUUGUCAAUAGUGAAGAAUAUAAUUACGAGAGCAAAAGAUUGCAGUAUAUGAAUACUCAUGACAUUUCUUUCAGCUCAAGUCAUGCGGAUAAGAGGAAAAGAUGGAAAUCGGAUGAUAAUCUACUUCAUUCCAUGGAUUUCAGUGUCAGAUUGGAACAUAUGGAAACUGAAGCUUCGUUUAUACAUGAGCAGCUGCAUCAUGAAUCUAGUAGAUCUUACAGGUUUUCUAACAGCGAAGAGAAGAUUGAAAAUGAGGCAUAUGGAAAGAGGCAGCACUAUGAACAUGAUUCUGACCUAGCUGAUCGCCUAACUACAGCUGAGAAUGAGGUCAUUUCACCAUCAUCAUCAAAGGUUGUUGAUGAUAUGGUCUUCAACAAGUAUCUUACAGAAGCUAGUGGUCUUCUUAAAGAAGCCAAAGAGUGUAUGAAGGGAAGACAUGAUGAAGAGCGUGUAGAAGUCAUCUUGAAUAGGUCUGCCUCAUUACUCUCACAAGCCAUCUCAAUGAAGCCCAUGAGCCUAUUGGCUGUAGGCCAGUUAGGCAAUACAUAUCUUCUUCACGGAGAAUUGAAACUACAUGUCAGUCGUGAGUUGAGGACUCUUUUUACUAAAAAUGAUCCCAUAACUCGUGAGAGGCCGCAAGGAAGAGUAGUUAACAGACUAGAUCAAUUUUCAUGCAGAGAUAAAAUUAUUUCCCUCUUAGUUAGUGCUUGUGAGGAGUGUGAAGAUCUCCUUGUGAGAGCUGGGCAAAAAUAUCAGCUGGCAUUAUCAAUUGAUGGAGAUGAUGUGAGAUCCCUAUAUAAUUGGGGUCUUGCUCUGUCUUUUCGUGCGCAGUUGAUUGCAGAUAUAGGACCAGAGGCUGCGUAUGAUGCUGAUAAACUAUUCUUGGCUGCAAUCGAUAAAUUUGAUGUCAUGAUGACUAGGGGCAAUGUUCAUGCACCUGAUGCCUUCUUUAGAUUGGGAGCCAUCUUGCAGCAAAGAUCUCGCUUAAGGCCUGGUAACGAUAAAGAGAAGAUGAAGUUGCUACUUCAGGCAAAGAGCUUAUAUGAAGAUGCACUUCAUAUCGACUCGAAAAAUCUGCAAGUAAGAGAUGCCUUGUCAUCAUGUAUAUCCGAGCUGAGGUAUAGGUAUUUUUAGUCAUUAUAGAAGUCAUGAAAACUUAAACGAUUCCUUAAUUUUUGGUGCGUUCUUAUUUAUUCGUGCAAUUUGCUUCGUGUCAUCAUUGUGUAAGAUAACAAUGAUAUUUGCCGAUAUUAAAUAAAAUGGAAAUACAUCUUUUGAUAA